AUGUUGUAUAGCUAUUUGUGGUCAUUUAUGUGGCUGUUGGCCAUAGCUUGUGCGAGACCACCUCCGAAAGUAGAUGAAAGAAAUGACAAGCCACCUCGAGGAUUUCCUCUCCCUUUGAAUAAGAAGAAUUUUGAGGUUGAAUUAUCCAACGGUUUCCAUCUAGUGGAAUUCUACAGUCCUUACUGUAGUCAUUGUAAGAAUUUGGCCCCAAUUUGGGAAGACACCUGGGUUUCAUUUAGAGAGGAAGGGAAAAAACUAAACAUGAAGCUAUCUCAAGUAAAUUGUGUUGAAAGUGGCGAUAUAUGUCAUAAAGAAGACAUUAGAGCGUAUCCAACCAUCAGAUUAUAUGGUCCAGAUGGAUUUUUAGAGGAGUAUCACGGUAAGAGAACUAAGGAGGAAUUCUUGAAGUUUGCCAGGAAGAGUAUUAUGGAGUAUGGUGAUACAGAUGACCUGAUUCUACCUUCAUUAAGUAAGUUGUUGAGCGGAAAAGACUUUAGCCAGUUAAUUUCUGGUAAGUCCACGAAGCCUAUGCUAGUAUCAUUUUGGCCUACUUCUGAUAUGCAGGAAGACAGCUCUGUGGAAACUAAAUUUAACAACUGUCCGAAAUGCGAAAUAUAUCAAAGGAAGUGGAAUUUAAUAAAUAAUGCUGUUGAUGGUCUUGGAGUUGAUUCAGGUCAUUUAAAUUGUGGUUCAGAACAAAAUCUAUGUGAAAGGUUAGGUUUUGCAGACCUUGCAUCAUCAGCAAAAUCAGGAGGUAAUGUAAAGCCAAGGUUAGCAUUAAUUAUUCCAAAAAAAGUAACAAAUAAUUUGUUCAUAUAUCCAGAAGGUCAGGAUGUGAGUAACCAGGCCGAUGUUCUGGACUUCAUUAAAAGAAUUUCAGUUAACAGUGAGGCGGCAGAAAUUUCGGAAAGUGAAAUCAUUGACUAUUCUAGAAAUUCUAUGCCGUUGUUUUCUGAAUUUGUGCACACCAAUGCAAAGAAAGUGCAUUCGGGACAAAAUAUCUACAUUAUUUUUUGUUACAACCACAAGACUGUUGUACCUGAAGACUUUACUAUACUAGAGCACUUAGUAGAACCAUUAGCCAGUCGCCCAAAUACAUAUUUACGCAAAUUCAAUGGUACUAUUCCUGAGUUAACUAAAAAGGUUUAUGAUCCUUUUUACCAAGUAGUGAAUUAUAAUGACUCAGAACCAAGAAAGGAAUUGAAUGAGGAGUUUCAAACUAUGGCAGCUGUCACAGAAUAUCCAACAUUCUUAAUUAUUAAGGAGGGUGAAUUACAAACGCACGUAUUUAAUGGCUUCUCUACAACUGAGAUGAGAAACUUAGAUACUAUAUUAGAUUGGAUUGAUGAUACGAUCGUGCCAUCGUUGCCAAAAUUGACAUGGGAUAACUUUGAAGAGAUGUUGAAUGUGAAUCCAUCGAAAUACCGUACUAUGGCUAUUUUGUUAAUGAGUACAAAAUGGGAGUAUGAUGACAAAGUGAAUGCUGCGCAAAAGUUUUUUACUUCUUUCCUAGAUUAUGAGCAUGUUAGAAUGCAAAAGAUGUUUGAAAUUGUUCAACAGGAAAGGUUAAAAAAAGCAAAUGCUAUAGAGAAAAUGCGAGAGAAACAAGAAAAUACAAAGAAUAUUCUAGCAAAAAUGAGACAAGAAAUCAGCCAUCCUAACGAUAGGAAGGUUCAGUAUAUGUACUUAGAUUUGGCUAAAGAUGAGCGACUACUGAAGAGGCUUGGAGUUCAUAAUGCUAACAUUGCUCCUAACCAAGUUCUCCUGAUAGAUAAAGCACGCAAGACAUUAUAUGCCGAAAACCAUUUUGAGGAGAGAUUAACUGGCAAAGAUACAUAUGGGAUAAGAGAAGCCUUAUUAUCUAUUAAUAUUCCGGAAAAAUGUCAACUAUCUACUAUCCUAAGGGCUCAACAUCUUAAAAUAAAACUACAGAAGAAAAUCAAAAUUCCUCAUGUUAAAGUUUCCAAUGGAAGUAAUUCCAAUAUAUUGUAUUUCUUUGCUAUUUUGUUAUUAUUGGUACUAUUGAGGAAAUCACCUGUUUAUCGUAUGGUAAGUAGAAAAUGGCAUUCGCAUCGAGCAUCAUAUCAGGCUAAUACUUCUUAUAGCAAACUUGAGGCCCAGGACUAA